UUUUUAAAUUGCAUGAACUGUCUCACAAUGACAGUCACUCCAUUUAUGCCAAAUAAUAUUCCACUCAUUGAUGUAAGCAUUUUAGAUGCUAAUGAUCAAGAAAAUAUAUGGAAAGUAUUGCAAUCAGUAUUUCCUAACUGGUCAAAACAGUAUACUAAAAUUCGGUCAUUAGAAGAAGGAUUAUCUAAUGUAGUGCUUCGUUUUGAUUAUAAUAAUAAAACAAAUGAACCUGAAACUAUUUUAAUGCGUAUUCGAACAAAAUUAUCAGAUUUUAUUGUUAAUAGAUGGGAUGAAAUAAAACACAUGCAUUUACUUCAUGAACUUGGUGGUGAACAAAAAUUAUAUGCAGUAUUUCAAAAUGGUCUAGUUUAUUCAUUUAUUAAAGGAUCUACAAUAAGUGUGGAUAAAUUUUCAGUACCAAAGUAUAGUGAAUUAAUCAUUGACCAAGUGGCUAGAUUGCAUAGUUUACCAGCUCGAGAAACUAUGCUACGUUUAUUUCCUAAUGAAUAUAAAGAUUCAUCACAACUUUCUACAAAACCUGUACUUUUGUCAACAAUACGAAAUUGGAUUGAAAAAUUACCAACUAGUUAUAAUAAUGAUAAACAAAAAUUUGAAAGAUUAAAAAAUGAAGUUCCUUCAAAAGACGCUCUCUUGAAUGAAGUGGCAUAUUUAGAAAAAUUACUUGAAAAUUCUAUUUCCCCAGUUGUUCUAUGUCAUAAUGACUUAUUAGCUGGUAAUAUUGUCGUUUCUCCAGAUGAAAAAUCAGUUCAUUUUAUUGAUUUUGAAUAUUGCGGAUUUAAUCAUGCAGCAUUUGAUAUUGGAAAUCAUUUUUGUGAAUUUGCUGGUAUAAAUACAGUAAAUUUCGAUAAUUAUCCAACAGAAGAAUUUCAACGUUUAUGGAUUAGCAAAUAUUUAAAAGCAAAAGAUUAUUAUGAGAAAUUAUUUAAUCAACAAAAAGAAAUUGAUCAACAUGGAUAUUCUAUCACUCCAAUUAUUGUGAAUGUAUCUUCUUCCGAUACAAAUCAUAUUGAUACACAUUGUAAUAGUAAUGGGAGUAGUACUAAUAAAACUGAUAAGAAUAAUUGUGAAGAUGAAACUUUACUUGAAAAAUGGUUGAUUGAAGUGAAUCGUUUUGCUUUGGCAGCUCAUUUAUUCUGGAGUGUAUGGGCAGUGAUAUUAUCAGUUCAAGAACAAAAAAAAUUUGAUUAUUUAUCAUAUGGUAUCUCUCGUAUCAAUCAGUAUUAUGCAAUGAAAAAUCGUCUCAACACACUGCAUUCUUCAACAAAAUAAAAUGAUUGAUGCGCAGUUUCAUCACUACUACAAAAAUGCUCAAUGGUUGUGAAGAGACUUUGUUAAUAAACUAACUCAUAACUACAGUUAGUUAAUCAAUCGAUUUGUACUUGCCUGUCUGUGCCUGUGCCUGUGCGUGUGUGUGUGUGUAUAUAUAUAUAUGUAUAUCAAAUGGAAGACUGUUUAUUCUCUUCCUGUUUUUUUUUUCUUUUUGUUUACGAAUAUUAAUUAAUUAAUUAAUUACACUUUUAUUUAUUUGUUCAUAUUAUUAUUUUUCAUGGUCGUAAAAUUGGUGUAGGAUCAGUGAUUCAUUCUAUUCUUCUACUGGCGUGAAGAAAUCAAUCAAUCCAAUCGACCAUUAAUAUUUCUUUUCUUUUCUUUUUUUUAUAAAAAAAAAGAAAAACAAAUCGACUUAUUUUUUCAUAAAAUGAUCAGUAAAGAAAAACAUUAUUUUCUUCAUUCAACAUAUUUGAAGAGGUCAAUGAGAAGAAUGAAUUUUCGAAUCCGGUGAUUUGUUUGACUGGGCGAUUUCUGGCAUUUCAAUUGUCAUGUUGAUGAUUUUAUUAUAUUCAGAGAGAAG